CGAAAGCGGGCGGGGCUUAGAAGAGGAGAGGAAAGCGGAGCCAGAGUGUGAGCGAGGUAUUCCUAGAAAGAGUGAACCUUGUGCCAUUUUUCUUGGAAAGGCCCAUUCGAGCCCCUUGGUUAGACCUCUGUCACCAUGGGCGAAAGAAAAGGAGUCAAUAAAUAUUACCCACCUGAUUUUGAUCCAGCUAAGCAUGUCUCCCUUAAUAAGUACCGCAACAGCCACCCGCUGCGGGAAAGAGCCCGAAAACUCUCCCAGGGCAUCCUCAUCAUCAGGUUUGAGAUGCCCUAUAACAUCUGGUGUGAUGGCUGUAAGAACCACAUUGGCAUGGGUGUCCGCUACAAUGCUGAGAAGAAAAAGGUUGGCAAUUACUACACAACCCCCAUCUACAGGUUCCGCAUGAAGUGCCACCUUUGCCCCAACCACAUUGAGAUGCAGACAGACCCUGCCAGUUGUGACUACGUUAUUGUCAGUGGUGCCCGGCGCAAGGAAGAGCGCUGGGAUGUGGAAGCCAAUGAGCAGAUAGUAGCCACAGCCCAUGAGGAGAAGCAGAAGCUGGAGACGGAUGCCAUGUAUCGGCUGGAGCACGGCUCAAAGGAUCAGAGCAAGCUGCAGCAAGCCCUCCCCACCUUGCAGAACAUCCAGGAGGCCCAAAGUGCCUGGAAGGAUGACUUUGCGCUCAACAGCCGCCUCCGUCAGAAAUUCAGGGAAGAGAAAAAAGUCCUGCAAGAGGAGGAGAAGAAAGAUCUCGCCUUGCAGACGAAAGCAAGCCUCAGCAUCCCACUCGUGCGGGAGACUGAUGAAGACCGGCACCUGGCAACCCUGCUCAAGUAUCAGAGCCUUGGCUCCUAUGAAGACAAACAGAAGCAGAAGCGCAAUGCGAUCGCUGACCGUCCAUGGUUCUCACCUGCCCAGGCCUCGAGCACCAAAGCGAAUGACACCCUGAAAAAGCUGGGCCUCUCUGGCAAAUCUCUAGCUGGCAGGUCCCCUGUAGUUAUCAACCACCUGGGUGUUGUGCGGCGGAAAUCCAGGGACAGGGAAAGUGCUUCCGCAGAGAAAGACAGCGAGACUUCCGAGCCCUUGGCACAAGUUAAUGGACAACACCAGGACAGUGCAGCACAUAAGGUGCUCCUUGACUCUCCCACGGGGCAUGAGGUAGACUCCCGGAUGGCUGAAGGAAGCCCCCCAUCCAGCUUUGCUGCUUCGCUAGUUGCAGAUUAUUCAGACUCUGCAUCUGAUCCUGAAGCUGAACGAGAAAUGGAGCCUAGUACCUCUUGUUAGACAACGUGGCUAAAACGGAUGCAUCAUGAAGUACUUUAUUUUCUGAACUAACAAGAGAGUUGUACUGUUUGCAUUGACUGUAUCAACCCGUUGGAAUUGUGUGCACACACAUGCAUGCACCCUUUGGAGUUAGACUUUGCUGCCUUCUUGGGGGGCUGUUCACAGCUUUGCCCCUGAUUAUUUAAGCACAAUUUCUUCCUUAUUUUGUCCAAAAUAUUGUGAAAUAAAUGCAACUGUUCCCUUA